AUGUCCGACGUUCCACCAACCGAGUCCAUUCCCAAACCAGAAGAACCGAAAGCUGCAGAACUCCAGCAGCAACCACAGCAACCUCAGUUCCAACAAGGACCUCCGAAUUACUACCAAUUUCCACCUCAAGGUUACUACCCACCACAAGGCUUCCCGAACUACCCUCCUCAACCUAUGCCUUACUUCCCCAACCCUUGGUUGUUCCAGCAAGCUCCACCCCAAUUCAAAUUCCAAUUCCAAUCUCAGUCCAAAAGAGACCAAGAGUUCGAAGAAGGUCUGAACCGCUUACGCAAAGAGUAUGCCACAGCUCCAAUUGAGAGAAAGUUGUUCCCGGACCAAAAAUAUAAUUUAGGUGAAGAGGUGAGAUUUCACCUCUUUUUUCACCUGUUUUUUCACCCUCUUGAAUUUUCAUGA